AUGUCUAUAACCGCACCGCCAAUGUACACCGCAGCCAUCCCAUCCUCACCCACAACCCACGAAACCCCCACAACUCACAUCUCCCUCACCCCCUUCCCCCUCAGCCCCCAAACCGCUACCACAUUUGUCCGCUCCCCUUCCGCCGGCGCCACUGUCCUCUUCAUCGGCACCACGCGUGACUCCUUCAACAACCUUCCCGUCAGCUCGCUCGCAUACACAUCAUACAUCCCACUCGCCAUCUCCACAUUAACAUCCAUCGCGAACGCCAUGCUUGUAAAGCACGCGCUAACCAAAAUCGCGAUUGUCCAUCGACUGGGUGACGUGCCAAUUGGCGAGGAGAGUAUUGUGAUUGCGGUGAGUGCGCCGCAUCGACAAGCGGCUUGGAAGGCGGGAGAAGAGGCGCUGGAGGAAACGAAGAGGAGAGCAGAGAUUUGGAAACUGGAGAAGUUUGUGGGUGGAGAGGGGGUGUGGAGGGCGAAUAGGGAUGGGGUUAUGGGGGUUAGAGUUGGAGAAGGA